AUGGUCGCCUCGCUGACCCAUGGCAACGAAGUGUCGGGCGCCAUCGUGGUCGAUGCGCUGCUGACCGCCCAGGUGAAGCCGCGGCAGGGGACGCUGAUCCUCUCCUUCAACAACAUCGAGGCCUAUCACUCGUUCGACCGGCGGACGCCGUUCAAGUCGCGGCUGGUGGACGAGGACUUCAAUCGCGUCUGGGGCCGCGUCGACGAGCCGGCGACGACGGUCGAGACGCGGCGCGCACAGGUGCUGAAGCCGUUCGUCGAACGCGCCGACCUGCUGCUCGACCUCCAUUCCAUGCACGACGAUUGCGUGCCGCUGAUGCUUUCGGGACCGCUCGACAAGGGCGUCGCCUUUGCGAAGAAGAUCGGCACGCCGGUCGACAUCGUGCGCGAUGCGGGCCACGCCGCGGGCAUGCGCAUGCGCGACUAUGGCGGCUUCGGCGACCCCAAGAGCCCCAAGAACGCGCUGCUGAUCGAGACCGGCCAGCACUGGCGCGCCUCCUCGGUCGUCGUGGCGAAGGACGUGACGGCCCGCUUCCUCGUCGAGACGGGGGUUCUGGAAGAAGGCGACCUGCCCGCGGGCUGGCGCCAGCCGACGCCCGCGAAGCAGCGCGUCGUCGAGGUGACGCAUGCGGUGGCGACCAAGCGCGGCAACUUCACGCCGGCGCAGCGUUUCGAGGGGCAGGACGUGAUCGCCAAGGCCGGCACCGUGCUGGGCCACGACGACGACGAGCCGGUGACGACGCCCUACGACGAUUGCGUGCUGGUGAUGCCGUCGUCGAGCCGCCCGCUGCGGCCCGGCGUCACGGUUGUUCGCCUGGGUCGGCUGACCUGA